AGCUCUCUUCACCGAUACUUGGACUGCAGUGGCUACAGGGUUCCCUUGGGUGGGGUGGGGGUUGCUCUGAAGACCAGACUGCAACACUCAGAACCUCGACAAUGGACCGAGUUUAUGAAAUUCCUGAGGAGCCUAACAUGGAUCCAAUUUCAUCUCUGGAGGAAGAUGUCAUCCGUGGGGCCAACCCCCGAUUUACCUUUCCAUUUGGCAUCCUCUUCUCUACCUUUUUGUACUGUGGGGAGGCUGCAUCUGCCUUGUACAUGGUUAGAAUCUAUCGUAAGAAUAGUGAAACCUACUGGAUGACAUACACCUUAUCCUUCUUUAUGUUUUCAUCCAUUAUGGUCCAGUUGACCCUCAUUUUUGUCCACAGAGAUCUGGCCAAAGACAAGCCGCUAUCAUUGUUUAUGCAUCUAAUCCUCUUGGGACCUAUUGUCAGAUGUUUGGAGGCCAUGAUUAAGUACCUCACACUGUGGAAGAAAGAGGGGCAGGAGGAGCCCUAUGUCAGCCUCACCCGAAAGAAGAUGCUAAUAAGUGGCGAGGAGGUGCUGAUAGAAUGGGAGGUGGGCCACUCCAUCCGGACCCUGGCUAUGCACCGCAAUGCGUACAAACGUAUGUCACAGAUCCAAGCCUUCUUGGGCUCAGUGCCCCAGCUGACCUAUCAGCUCUAUGUGACUCUGAUCUCUGCAGAGGUCCCCCUGGGUAGAGCUGUGCUAAUGGUCUUUUCCCUGAUAUCUGUCACCUAUGGGGCUACCCUCUGCAAUAUGUUGGCUAUCCAGAUCAAGUAUGAUGAAUACAAGAUUCGCCUUGGGCCAUUAGAAGUCCUCUGCAUCACCAUCUGGCGGACCUUGGAGAUCACUUCCCGCCUCGUGAUUCUGGUGCUCUUCUCAGCCACAUUGAAAUUGAAAGCUGUGCCCUUCUUAUUGCUUAACUUCCUGAUCAUCCUCUUUGAGCCUUGGGUGAAGUUCUGGAGGAGUGGUGCCCAGAUGCCCAAUAACAUUGAGAAAAAUUUCAGCCGGGUCGGCACCCUGGUGGUGCUGAUUUCUAUUACCGUCCUCUAUGCUGGCAUCAACUUCUCUUGCUGGUCAGCUUUGCAGUUGAAAUUGGCAGAUAGGGACCUUGUUGACAAAGGUCAGAACUGGGGACAUAUGGGCCUGCACUAUAUUGUGAGAUUGGUAGAAAAUGUGAUCAUGGUUUUGGUUUUCAAGUUCUUUGGAGUGAAAGUGUUGCUGAAUUACUGUCAUUCCUUGAUUGCUUUGCAGCUCAUCAUUGCUUAUCUGAUUUCCAUUGGCUUCAUGCUCCUUUUCUUCCAGUACUUGCACCCACUGCGAUCACUCUUUACCCACAAUGUAGUAGACUACCUCCAUUGUGUCUGCUGCCACCAGAACCCCCGGGGCAGGGUUGAGAACUCAGAACCGUCCUGUGAUGCUGAAGCAAGGCAAAGCAUUGUCUGAUUCUAUCUUCUGGGUAUUUGGGGAUAGGUUGGGUUUUGCCAAGAGCAACUGUGAAAUUGAAGGAGAGGAUGAGGCUCAUAGAUGAGUACCCACCGGGACAUUUUCUUAAAUUUUCUGGUAAACCUAUAAGAAGAAAGAGCAGCUCCCAGAUAGGUUUUAUUUCCUUAAGAUUGACUGCUAUGUUUGGAAACCAGGGUAGCUGUUAUAUACCUAGAAGGGCCGAGGAUACGUUAACACCCCUCCCACCCAGGUCAGUUGUCUGGCUGCCCUUGGGGAUAAUUUAUCUCCAAGCACUUUAGGCUUUCUGUGUGUGAUAUUGUAGCUCUGUUCAUUUGCUUGAGGCAUUACUGAGCUUUCCUAUGGUUGAAAGCCCAGAAUCCCACUAGAAUAUAUCCUGACUGAUAAGAGGUUGUGACAACUUGCUAGCUAUCAGUACCUCCCAGGAAACUGGCUGAUUAAUGUGGAACCUGUAACUGUAAGCAUGGCUGGCUUUUUAAAAAUCCAAGGAGAAACUCUGGUUUAAAAAGAAAACCCCCACUAUUAAAAGAGCCGCUCCUCAAACAAGUUAUUUCUCCAUCAGGAUUUUACUAGUGAUCAUUCAUCAAAAACUUCUCUUUUCUAGCGGCUCUUCAUAGGCACACUCUGAGGAGGGAGUGCCUAGUAGGAUCCUUCAGGGCAUAAGCCAGAAUGACUCUUUUUCAUGGAUCUGCAUAGGCCUCCUUCCAGCUUAUGGAAUGGAGUGGUUGAGUAAAAUCUCUCACUUGGAGCCUCAUUUUCAGGAAUUCCCUCCAAACUGGCCUUUCUGUGCGCUUGGUGUUUUACUAGUUUAUGUGGAUCUCAGAAAAGGUGAACUGUAAUUGAAAAUGUUUCUAAUGUAUGGGAGAAACGAAGAUUGCUUUGUGUCUCCUACUGUUCUGAGUAUUUUGUUGUUAUUUUAUUUUUAGGAGAGAGAGAAGGGGACAUUACCUUCAUGUUGUUUGGGGUUUGGAUGGUGGCUAAUACUCCAAGGUAGAGUAAAGGCAGAGGAGGGAAACCAGAUCACAUUAAAUCAUCAUUGGUACUGGUUUUUGCCCACAGGAUUUUAUUUUCUAAUAAGUAAAUGUUUAUCAACCCUCUGCUCAUUCCCACAUCCCUGGUGGAUGAAUGCAUCCACCUUUCUUGGGUGUCUCGGUGUUUACAUCUCCUAUCAGUUGGGCAUGUUGAUGGGAAUGCCAGCCAGAUGCCUCUAAAGUAACCAAGGAAUUGAGGUUAGUAUGACCACUGCCUAUUGAGACAUGGUAUCCCAGCAUUUACCUAACUAAUGCUUACCCCUCACAGACCAGGAAAGUGAGAAUUCCUAGUAGCACGUCCCAAUUAUUGCUACCACAGUGCUGUGAGAAACCGCAAACAAUCUGACCUAAAGUUUCUCAUCCCCAUCCAGUUUUACUCUUGGGAUCAUGUUAAGAAUUUAUCUUUAGCCAUUUCCCUUCCUUUUACCCAAUGUCAGGACAUGAUGGUGGAGGAGCUCCCUCUUUUAAGUAACAGGGCUGUUAGCCAGAAUUGUCCUAUUUCCUGGCAUGUCUAGUGUGGUUUCCUAUCUUCAACCAUUGUUUGGGGCUAAAAGGAUUGGAUAAUUAAUGUGGGGAAGAGUAAAGUGACUUGCUUUGGAGCAGUGAAUAUUUUCUUUUUCAAUCCAAUUUCUCAUUUUAUCUCUGAUGAAGGGACUUAGCAGUGUCAGCUUUUUAUGACAACGACCUAUUUCUGACUUUGUUGUUUAAGGUGAUUUUGAAAGACUCUAUUAGGCCUCCAGACAAACCCACUGUCUCUUUGGAAUUCAAGCAAAAAUUUCUUCCCAGUGGUUAAUAUACCCUUACAUUAAAAUCAGAAGUGGUAUAGAACUAUAAUUUUGCCCAUAAAAGUCAUGUGAAUCAGUUUCUUAAGGUACAGGUGCUAUGGGAACACAGCAACACACACUGAGCCAGGCAGGCCAAUUAGAGCUAGAGUAGAGAUACAUGGGGCAGAAAAAUGUGCCUUUCUACUAGACCAGACAUAUUUUUUCCCAGGUAUCCUCCCCAGCCUCAGUAACCUAAUAUCUCUGGAAUGCUGGGAGUUCAGGGUGAGGGGUGUGAAUCAGCUUCCAACCUGAAAAACCUGCUGUCCUUACCCAAAGAGAAGAGAUUGUAAUAAUACAUUAUGCAAAUGAACUCUCAGAACCUCCUAUAGGUGCUGGCCUUUCUGUUUCAUAGCAAUCUUCUAGAUACACAGGAAAAGGAGGAGUUUCAGAAUAUGGUGUUGGGGCAAGGGAAAUGCUUACAUCUGCAAACACCUCUUUUUUAAGUUUAUUUAUUUAUUUUGAGGGAGAGAACAUGCACACAUGGAAGGGACAGAGAGAAAGAGAAUCUCAAGCAGGUUCCACACUGUCAGUGCAGAGCCUGAUGUGGGGCUUGAUCCCACAAACCAUGAGAUGACCUGAGGCAAAAUCAAGAGUUGGACGCUUAACCGACUGAGCCACCAAGGCAGCCCCCCCAUCUGCAAAUACCUCUUUAAUUGACUACUCUCUUUUUACCCUUUGAAAUCUUAAAGUAACACAGGGUAUUUGUGUAGGGGCAAGUCUUCCUGAGUGGGAGAAAAGGCAGAGAUGGGACCAGCAAAAGGGUCUUGGAAGAGGAAGGCAAAACCAUGAAGUUUAGGGGAAAAAAGAGUCUAUUGUAGCAACAGCUUUUUCAUAUUAUUGGAAAUUCGGUAGGCUAAGUAUGGGCAAAUGAACAUGUUAAGGAAAUGUAUUAAACUAAUAGUUGUCUAUUUGCUCCACAAAUUCUUUAAAGACUAUGGGCAUAGAAUUGUGGGCACUGUAGGUGAAUUAAAUAAUAGCUAAUACUUUAUAAGCAUUUACUAUAUGUCUGGCAUGGUGCUUUAUUGCAUUCAAUCCUCAAAACAACCCUUAUGAGGUAAGUACUAUUUCCCCCCAUUUUAUAGAUGAAGAUUCCAAGGCAUACAAAAGUGAAGUUACUUGCAAAAGUCACAGCUAGUAUAAGAGCCAGGUUUCAGUCUUAAGCACUCAGUCUCCAGAGCUUAUACGCUUUUUUUUCCCUAAAUAUAAUUUAUUGUCAUGUUAGCUAACACACAGUAUAUAGACUGUGCUCUUGGUUUUGGAAGUAGAUUCCCAUGACUCAUCACUUAGAUACAACACCCAGUGCUCCUCCCAACAAAUGCCCUCCUCAAUUCCCAUCACCCAUUUUGAGAGAGAAAAAGAGAGUGCAUGUGAGCUGUGGGGAGGAGCAGAGAGAGGAGGAGAGAGAGAGAAUUCCAAGCAGGCUCUGCACUGAUAGCACAGGGCUUGAACUCAGAAAACUGUAAGAUCAUGACCUGAGCCAAAAUCAAGUCAGGCCCUCAACUGACUGAGCUACCCGGGUGCCCCCAGAGCUUAUACUCUUAAUCAUGACACAAGCCUCUAAAUUGUUAGGUCGUUUGUAGAGUUAUUUUAAUAUGUUAGUGGUUUGAGGAAUAUUUUCUGGGAUAUGGCUGGGUUCAUAUCAAGCAUUCUUUCUUACAAACACUCCUGAUCAAGGGGAACUACUCAAUUUACUCUAGAGAGAAAAAGGUCAAGUCCUAAAAAGCCUGAAAUGAAAAUUGAGUAUGUGUUCAUAUGUACUUGUAGGUUGGUAUUGGGAGUGGGGGGAUAGCACUGGGGAGAGUGGUAGAUGGACCCAUUUCCUUUCUAGUUUCAGGAUUUUGUCUCUUGUAUAUUCUUAAACACACACCUUCCGUAUCCAGGUCGUGGGAAUAAAGCUGGAGGGAGCAAUUACUACUCAGUUUCAUAUGAAUUCUUCCCCUCAAAACAACCAGUCAUAGCAGGGGAAUGCUAAAGCCUAUUCUCUUAUACUUCUUCUUAUCAACACUGCCCUUACUUCUGAGAAGCUGAGUCCUAGUUCUAAAGCAGGCCGUGGGAUAUGGAUGUUGAAUAAUAAUGUCCCUCCCCCAGCUGUCACAGUCCUGAGAGCCUAGGUCAACAUUUGGUGCUCUUUCAGCCAGCCUCCUCACACCUGCACCUCACAAGGUCAUGAUUCUUGGUAUUACAGAGUUGAUGGCUCCUUCCAGGGAAAGAGUGGUGUGUGCAGCUGAAGAAGAAUGUUCACCAGGACAUUCCAUCUAAACCUAUGGAGUUCUGUUUCUGAAAAGUCCCUUAGUAUAAAAGCAGAUGACUCUGGACCCUCCAAAAUAUUUACCUACCCAAGAGUGGGGAUCUUCAUUCUCUGAAAGUUUUGUCAUUGGACUUUAUUACUGUCAUCAGGGGACACACAUGCCCAUAACCUUAGGCCUUUCCUCUUGAAGGACCAGCACACACUUUAGACCUUAGAGGCUCCGGGAUGCACAGUAAAAGUAUAUGAGCCUUGGCAACAAAGCACACACCAUGUGAAACUGGGAAGUAGCAAGGCCAACCUGUGUGAGAUAUGGGAACCAAGUGUGAAAAGAAUACAUUUUCAUGUAUAGAGAUAACAUCUGAAUAACACUAUAUUAUAUUCAAGGCACAUUUACACAUAUUAGCUCUGUUACCAUUGUAUUGUUGCUAGGACAAGCUCUCUGAGUUGUGCAUGUGAAUUUGUGUUAUUCUGACCUUUAAUUUAUCAAACAAUUAUUAAACUCAUUUUGUGCCAGGAAAACAUAUGUGGAUAUUUCAAAGUGCUUUAUAGAUGCUGAAAGACUCAAAAGUGAAUACAAAAUAUUGAGUUUAAGUGAUGUUGGAGGUAACAGUCACUGGUUCUCAUCACUGGUAUCAGACUAAAGUAUUGGUGCAAAUUUUUGGAAGGCAAUUUGUCAGAAUUAAAUGGGCAUACUUUUGUCUCAGAAUUUUAACCUCUAGGAAUGUUUUCCUAUGGCAAUAUAGCCACAGUUGUGCAAAGAGAUAUGUGCAGGAAAGUUCAUGACAGCACUGUUGGUAACAGUGAAAAAUUGGUAACAAUUUAAAUUUACGUCUAUAAGUAAAUGAUUAAAUUCUAGCAGUUCUAUAGUUGGAAUGCUUUCCAGUCAUUAAGAAGAUAUGUGCACCCCUAUGUUUAUUGCAGCAUUAUUUACAAUAGCCAAGAUAUGGAAGCAACCUAAGUGUCUAUCAAUAGAUGAAUAGGUAAGGAAGUUAUCUAUCCGCGCGCGCGCACACACACACUGGAAUAUCAUGCAGCCCAUAAAAGGAUGAGAUUGUGCCAUUUGAGACAACAUGGAUGGACAUAGAGUGUAUUCUGCUAAGUGAAAUAAGUCAGAUUAAGAAAAACAAAUACCAUAUGGUUUCAUUCAUAAGUGGAAUCUUAAAAAAAUGAAUAAACAAAAAGAAUCAGACCUAUAAAUAUGUAGAACAAACUGAUGGUUGUCAGAAGGGAAGGGAGUGGGGGAUUGGGCCAAAUGGGUGAAGGAGAGAGGGAGAGACAGGCUUCCAGUUAUGGAAUGAAUACGUCAUGGGAAUAAAAGGCACAGUAUAAGGAAUAAGUCAAUAAUAUUGUAAUAGCCUUAUAUGGUGACAGAUGGUAGCUACACUGGUGGUGGUGAACAAAGCAUAAUGUAUAAACUUGUCAAAUCACUAAGUUGUGUACCUGAAACUAGCAUUAUGUGUCUACUAAAAAAAUGAGGUAGAUGUAUACAGUAUGUGCUAUGUGAAAAGAUUGGUGAAAAAAAUUGAAAAACUGUACAGGCUGAGAUUAUGAAAAAUUAUUCAAAAUGUGGAAACAAGAGUAUCAUAGGAAGAAUAGUGCCCCUCCCACUCCAAGAUCUCCAUGUCCUAAUCCUCACAACUUUUGAAUAUGUUCUGUUACAUGGUAAGGGGGAUUUAAGUGUGGAACUGAGUUUGCUAAUCUUGACCUUGAAAUGGAGAGAUUACCCUGAAUUAUGUGGGUGUGCUAGAUGUAAUCAUAAAGGUCCUCAUAAGAGAGAAGGUGAUGUGAAAAUGGAGGCAGGGUUAUUGAGGAUGUUACACUGUUGGCUUUGUUUUUCAGAAAGAGAGAGGGUGCAAGUGAGCAAGGGGCAGAGAGAGAGAAAUGGGGCUUGAGCUCACCUGAAGUGGGACUUAAGACCAUGAACCAUUAGAUCAUGACCUAAGCCAAAGUCGGAUGCUUAAAUGACUGAACAACCAAGGCACCUACACUGUUGACUUUAAAGAUGGAGGAAGGAGGCCACAUACUGAGAAUGCAUCUCUAGAAGCUGUAAAACACAAGGAAACAGAUUUCUUCUAUAGAGUCUCCAGAAGGAGCAGGGCCUGCCAACACCUUGAUUUCAGCCCAGUGAAAUGGAUAUUGGACUUCUGACCAUAAGAAAGAACUGUAAGAAAAUAAAUGCAUUUUUUAAGCCAGGACAAUUUGUGGUCAUUUAUUAUAACAGCACUAGGAAACUAAUACAAAGGGAAAAGAUGAUUAUUUGAUGCUUUAAUGUCAAGAGCAUUUUCUAACAGGCCUGAGGGUCAUCUGACUCUCUAGGUCUAGAAAAUUACAAUUUAGCACAAAAUUAGUCAUUUUACAAAUCUGUAAAACCAAUAAAAUGCAACAAUAUAUAUCCACCUAAAGAA